AUGAGCCCUCGCCCCCUCGUCCCCUCUACCCCGCCCGACCCGAACGUCGUCCAAGUCAGCAUAGCGGGCCUGGUCGCAGGCGACGCGGCCGACGCCAUCCUGGCGCGCGUCACGCCGACGACACACACGCUCAUCGUGCGCGAGCCCGCGCCUGCGCCCUUGGGCAACGUCGGCACGCUCGCGCUCAUCAACGGCCUCAAGGACCUCGAGGCGCAGUGGCCGCUGUUCGCGUUGCACCGGCUCACGCUGUCCAACUGUCAGAUAUCAGACUGGGGCGCCAUGUGCCUCCUCCGCCAUGUCGGCAAGCGGCAGGUGACCCACCUGAGCCUCGACCACAACGACAUCAAGGCACGUGGCCUGGACGACCCGCCGGCCCUCGCGCACAUCGUGCACCAUAUCCAGCGGUCCAAGCUCCACCGGGUCGUGCUGAGCCGUAACCCGCUCAGCAGCGACGGCGUGGCCCGCCUGCUCCGCGGGGUGCGCGACGUCGCGGUCCACCUCGACCUGAGCCACUGCCGGCUCGGUGCGCCCAUCGUGCCCCUGCUGGCCGAUUAUCUCCUGCAGCCGUCCAAGACGGCGCUCGACCUGGGGUGGAACGAGAUCGGCCGGCGCGGGGUCACGCGGGUCGCGGACGCGCUGCGCGCCAAUCCGUGGAACACUUAUCUCCUGCUCGAGGGCAACGUGCUCGGCGUGGACGACUACGGCGACCCGCAGGUGUGGGACGGAAUCGGGGUGCACCAGCAGCUCGUGGCCGAGGAGCUGAGCCGCGGCGAGCUGCGCGAGAUCCGCCACCGGAACAGGGUGUUCGAGUAUCGGCUCGACGACGCGUGCCGCCGCGUGCUGAAGGCGCGCGUGUUCCUCGUCUCACCGACACGCGUGGGUCUGCCAGAUGACAUCCUAGAGCGAAUCGCGCGCCAUGUGUCUGGCGACCCGGGCGCCUUCAGCAGUACCCAGUGGGCGGCGGUGCUCGAGUCCCUGCAGAGCCGCGACGCGAUCCUCGAGAUGGCGGAUAGGGUGCAGGCUGGGCAGAGUACCCGUGAAGUGCUCGACCAGUGGCGCAGGGACACGCACUACAGGUACUGGGACAGCAGUGUGUAG